AUGUCGAUGUUGCAGGUGUUUGCGGGUCUUGCGCUCUGUGCUCUUCUUGUAUGCUCGCAGCAACCGCGAGUGGAGACGGAAGAUCUGGAUCUAGACGACGUGGCCGAAAUGCAACUGCUGAUGGAGAUCUUAGGAAAGGCCUCCACGACGCCGUCGGUAGACAGACUGGAAUCACCAACGCCUAUGCCAGCCGGUGGCAUGUAAUGUCAACUCUCAGUUGCGCAAUCAACAGGGACGUAAAAGUUUAUACCGCUACGUGCUUUUGAUAUUUAGCUUUUUCCCCACCCAAAAUACAUAAUGCGUUGUGCAUUUUGGUAUUAACUUCAUAACGUUUGAACCGUGGCAGUAGUCACUUGCCGCAAGGAAAUUCUCUAAUCGAUGGUCAAAUCCGGUUUAUUUCCCUCGUUUUGUUUUGGCUGUCUGCAGAAGCCGAGGAAAUAAGAUUAAUCGGGUGGGCUCGUCCACCUCAUUGCACUUUGUUUAAGGAUAAAUGGGAGAGGGCAGGUAAGAGUCACCAGUUUGCCCAACUGACUACACCGGACGGACCAACGGGUGAACCACAGAGCUGAGUGGUGCACAGAGUGGAGGACGCAUUACGUGGGAGAGAAAGGAGAACAGUCUUUUUGUGGCGGGAGCAGUUAUUACAACAGAAAUGGAGUCGGCCAAAUUGUGGCAUUAGGACAUGUAAUGUGGUCUCCUUCUGUAAAACAAUUUUCCUUAUGGUCUGAGCUAAUAGUAAAGGCGUAACCCGACGCCGGCAAGAUAAUCCAACCUGCAUUCCAACACAACACGUUUCAGAGAUGCUUAAACUCUGUCUCAAUAACUACUGCCAUUUGUAUGAAAAGUUUUAUCAACAGGUUAGGGUUACACCAACGGGAUCGCCAAUAUCAGGUCUACUAGCUGAACUAGUACUACAACGACUGGAAGAGGAAGUUAUGCGAACCUUUAACCCAAAAAUGUGGCUCCGAUAUGUAGAUGAUACGUUUGUUAUCAUGAAGACCUGCGAAAUUGAACAAUUUCAUUUGAGUCUGAAUAGCGUCUUCCCAGCUAUCCAGUUUACUCGCGAAGAGGCAACAGGAGGCAUUCUCCCGUUUUUUUGACGUUAGUAUCCGAACGCUUAGUGAUGGCGGCCUUGCAACGAGCGUCUACCGAAGAGACUCCAGUGCUGACGUCAUUCUUAAUUACGAAAGCAACCAUCCUGCGGCUCAUAAAAGGAGCUGUGUCCGAACCCUUUUCCACCGGGCUUAUCGUUACUGCAGCAAAGAUGAGUUACUUAAGAAAGAACUUGCUUUCCUGUAUCGGUUAUUCCGACUCAACGGAUACCCGGUCAGUUUUGUGAGAAAAAAAUUGUCUCAGACAACAGAGACAGACACAAGACGUUAGUUCUAAUGAGGGACCCGAACAACGGAAAUUCUACUCUUUACCCUACAUGCAGGGUAUUUCCGAGGCGAUCGCCCGACAAAUAACCGGUGUGGUAUCAUCAUUGCCCACAAGACGGCGUCCUCCCUGCGCGCAACACUGUCUCGUGUGAAAGAUCCUUUAUCAAAAGAGCAGCAAACCAACGUCAUCUACCAAAUUCCGUGUGCUAACUGCUGUUGCGACUAUGUUGGUCAUAGAGGCCGACGACUUGGGACACGUAUAAACGAACAUAAACUAGGCAUCCGCCGACGUGACCCUUUGUCGCUCGUGUUUGCGCACGCCCUUGAAUGCGACCACCGCUUAAAUUGGGAAGGAACUGAAAGUGUUGCCAUGGCAAACACCAAACAGGCCCGAGAAUUCCUCGAAGCCUGGCACUAAUACAAAUAGCAUCAAUCGCCAUGUUGAUCUGGACACCCAUUACGAAGGUCUGCGUACUCGGCUCACUGACUUGCGCCCACGACCUAACAACAGCCGCUAAUCCAUACCAGGCCCUGUAUAAUCGGACUAUUUCGCCACCUCCCUCCUUACCCCAGACACAGCGAACCGCAACGUAAUCUCUAACACCUCUACGUUGGAUCACUGACUCCUACCCGCAUGCCGGAUCGACGAUCAUUAAGUCCACCGUCCGAAGUCACACUGAAUCGUCCUCCCCCCCGCAACAGUUCCCUCUUCCCUCCCCCACCAUAGACCCUAGCCUAAUUAUGUCUCCAUCCCCCUUUUCAUUCAUUAGCUGCUUACCUAUUAGUGGCUGCCCUGUCACGCCAACCAAUUGGGUGUGACCAUUUCACUUUCUCCUCUGUUUAUUUCGUCUGACGACGGGUUGGUGUCACCAGCUCGAAAAUUCACGAGUACAACUCGGUUUUUUUCCGACGAGCCUGCUGUCUUCAUAUAUGUAUAUCUAUAUUACCCAAGGUACUAAGGACAGGCGGAUGCCAAAAUUACAAAACGACGGUGUUUAAAGUUGAGAAACAAACCCCACGUGGCCUUUGCCGUCGGAAAGAUCAAAAAUCAUGUCAAACACUAAUCCGUAAACAAACUGCGACAAUGACCAGGCACCGAGCUGGUGGUCAGAGAUGGACCAAUGAGUAGCCUUCCAAUGCCUGCAGGUUUAAGUGUUCAAAGCGCGAAGCAGAAACGGCACUUGUCAUGCAGUUACUGUUCGUUAUCUUGACGGUUUCUGCCCUCUUCAGAGGCAGCCAGGCUUGCGGUGCGAGGGACAAGACGACCGAGUCGCCGCCUGGACGUCAGACGCCAGAUGCACCCUAUAAGUCAGGCCCAAAGGCCAUUAACUGUCCCGGUUGCCAACCCAUGCAUGGGGGGAAAAGAUCCCUGACAGAUGAAGAAAUCGCCGCCCCGGAAUUUAGGAGUGUUGUGAACAGGAGCCUGAUCGAUCUGAAAAACCAGACCGGCGGCUGCAUUGAAUACGACCUGGUGGAAGUGAAGGAGGCCACCAAGCAGACAGUCACCGGCACAAAGUACGAGUGGAAAAUGACGGUGCGUCCACGCCCUAUCCCUUCAGCCAUCGGCUGUCCUGUGAGCGACUGUGAGGGCAUCGUUGACGGCUGCCAGACGCAUCGCGAGUAUAUCAGCACCGCCUGGGUCCGUCCCUGGGUGAAGGAUGGAAAAACGCACCAAUUUACGCACACACGGAUCGAUGUCUGAGCGAGCUCGUAUGCACUGUUGGAAGUUGUCUUUUUUGAAUGUUCGCGUCGAACCACGGUAUGGUUCUUAACGAAUCAGGAUGGUACUAAGCGCCCAAUAAAUCUCCAAAGCUGAUAAUAUGAUUUCUUAUGUAGCGCAUAUUUUACUCAUGGCUUAUUCCCUCAAGUUUUCUGAAACUAAAUGUCCAUUUGUAGACUAUUGGUUUCUGGAUUCUGAAUACGUGUGAACAAAUUCCUAUUUCUGACUUACUGUAGGUAACAAUCGGGAGAUGGCACCCAAAAAAAAUCCACCUAACCAAAGCAGCCUGUCUUACGGGACAGGUGGUAAUAGGAGUUUUAUGGGUGAUGGCUGGUGGGCAUGUACGAUACUAGCUGACAGAAAGCCUUUUUUGAACAGAUGAAUGAUCGAAGUUGGCCCGCUCUCCGAUCUGUUAUUACAAAAUGGGUCGCCAGAGACAGCAUAGUGGUAACGGACGCGUGGAAGGCGUAUAAUCGUCUUCCCUCAGAAGGUUAUCUCUGUUAACCAUUCAAAGAACUUCAAAGACUCUACCACCGGACGGCACACCAAUGCCACUGAGGCAUACUGGAGUAGACUGAAAAGGAAAUUCCACGAGGGAGGCCCUUUAAGUGGUCGAGCUGUGUGGGCUCACAUAGACGAAGUACAGUAUCAUCUUUGGUUUGGCCUCAAUGCCAUGUCUUUGACAGAUGCCUGGGAACUGUUCCUGUUCCAUGUUGUGCAGACUUAUUCUAUUUAAAAGUGAUUUUGUUUUUUAAUAAUCUGCCAUAAUGCGAAUGUAUGUCGUAUAUUCAGGUGUACGUGUGUAACGAUGGGGAAGGUUGGGUAACAGCCACCAUCGUCCAUGUAACCUCCUGUGAUGUUUGUUCGGCCAGCCCAUGUUAGGCCGUCGCGGAAAGUCCAAGUGGUGCGUGAAAGUAGGCCUGCAACCGCUGAUAUAGCCUGAAGGCGUUUGAGUUCACUGUUAAAGGUAUUAUUUCUAGGUAACGGAUUUUUUUGGGUGCCAUCUCCCGAUUGUUACCCGUGUGCGUGUUUGUGCACAAACUGGCCGCACGGUAGGCGCGCUAGACCAACACAGGGGCCAUAGCGGAUUCGGGCGGGUGUUAUCGGAAUUGCGCACCACAACAAAUGCCAACGUUUCGGGAUGCGGUGGCGCACCCGAUUGCCGGCCUACGUCGCGCACACUGGGACCCUGCUACUCCCCCAUAGUUAUUGCGAAUCGAAAACCUAGUUAUUUGUUGUGUGGACCAGGGGGUGUGGGUUGGAACGCCAAGGUGUGGGCUCGAGCGUGCCAUCCACCUGCGCCCCUCCCCGUCUCCGGUCUUCUUAACUUUGUCCUGACACGGGGUCCAGGCGGGGGAGUGGGAGAGUGUGCGAUAGAUGCUGUGCAAUUCAACAUUCACUAUAAACUAUAAACCAAUGACUAUUAUUACCCCCACCCCCUCCCCCACAGUCCCCCACCCCGCCUUUGUUUAAGGAGUACUUUUAUCGACUUCUCUUAUCGCUUGCAUGUUUUACUUCUACCCCGUUCCUAUAUAACUGUACUGGCCCGACGAGAAUUUAUCGAAAGCUACGUAUGCUCGCCAACUCGUCUUCUGAUUUCUGCUAUGGGAAUUUUCGCAACUCUAAAACUAAAUUUUCGCAAAAGUCACCGUCCCUGCUCUCACCUUGCCGUGGAGCAUGCGGUGGACAUCGUCGGACGCAACGGUCGAACUGUCAUGUUUUUGUGCGUGUGGGAGGGGGGUCUGUGUUGAGGAGUGUCGACGUGGCGGGAGAUACUGGCAUAGCACACUGUGAAGUGACGGUCUUAAGAGUCAGACUGGUGACAUUUACGUUACCGGGAUGGUUAGGUCACCGAUUUCCGGAAGCCGACAGCGGACGAGGGAGAAAAAAUAACUGCCGACCCGUAGGAACAAGAUGAAGUUGAGUUACCAAAGGUAUGGCUCUCCUUUUCCCCUAACGAUGGGGGUCUUUAGUAUGCAAGUUCCAGACCGGCCAAUCAUGACGUCAGUCAGCUUGAUCUAGUCAGUUACAAGGGACCGUAGGUGCAGAUGUUGUACAAGUCAUCCUCGAACAUCACAUGUCGGUUACCCUGAGGAGGUACUGAGUCUCCUCGACAGUUCGACCGUCGUUGCCGAUGAUGUCCACCGUGUGCUCUAUUGCAAGGUGAGAGCAUGGACGGCGACAUCUGCGUUAAUUAGUGAAUAAUAUAGUAUACUUGCACAGCAUCUACUGCACUCCCUCCUCUCCCACCUAGACCCGGUGUCAAUGCAGAAUCAAGAAGACCGGAGGCGGGGGAGAGCGCAGGUGGACGGCACGGUCGAGCCCGCACCUUGGCGCUCCACUCCAAAACCCCUGACCCACACAGCAAAUGACCAGGUUUUUGACCAACAACAACAAUGGGGGGCGACAGGGGUCCCAGUGUGCGCGACGUCUGUCGGCAACCGGGUUUGCCACCGCACCCAGAAAUGUUGUCAUUUGUUGUGGUGCGUAAUUUCGAUAACGCCUGACAGAAUCCGAAAUGGCCUCCGUAUUUGUCCAGCGCAUCUGCCACCUGGCCCCAUUGGGGGCCGACCCCCCACACCCCACUUUCCUGCGCAGGGACGGAAAUGGUCUCCUCAGAAAGUAAGAUCACUUAUUUUGACGCAAACAGGACUAACCUAUUAACAACCGAUGACCUGCACUGCAAUAAUAUCCGCUGCUCACAUCGGUGAUUGGAGAGAGGUUGGUACAUUGGAAUGAAUAAAUGACCUAUAUAUUCAGUUCAGUUUAUUUGAGGAAAAUGUAGGCACUGCACUUUGAACUCCCUAUUUGGUUUACAAGCGUCGAGAUUAUACCAAAAUCUGGGCGGCAAAAGCGUCAAACACGCAUAGAAGAAUAGUCGAAAAUGUACAGAUGGGCGAAUUAUUCCAAGUGUCAGAAACACUGGUACCACCAACUGCGUUCUACGGUAGUCAGUCUGUGCACAAUUGUGCUCCAGAGAAAGUACUGCUAUUUCAGUUGUCCGCAAGCGCUUAAGUGAAUGGCGUCAUGUGUGCGCAGGUGUUAAGGUAAUAAGAAAAUUCAAAAACAAACGUCACCGAAUUGUAGGCAGUACCAUUACAGCCUCAAUUCGAUAUCGGUCAGGUGACAUUAUGAUGUAUAACGGUAGACUGAACCAGUUUCCCAUCAAAAGCCUCAACGGAUGUCCAUAUAACGAUGUCUGCAGGCAGAGCACUCCAGGCCUCAAUCCCUCUGUUGAGGUAAAACAUGAGGACAUCUAUCACGAGGGCCUUCCCCGCGGCGAACUAGCGUGUAUUGUUUGUAAACUGUCCCCUGUUAUGUUUGGGGGGGGGGGAGGUAAGGACCGAUUGCCGCUGCAGGCCACAUCGAUGUGGAGUGAGAUAUAUUGGCCGUACAACGAGGAGUUUGGCUGCCUACCUGGCUAGGUAAAAGGGAAAAUCGAUCGAUUUCCAGCUCAGUUCUCGCACACCUAAUCGAUACAAACCACCAAGUCGACGUCAAAUGAGUCUCUCGAGUUAUCUACCGGGCGCCAGCACAAUACUCUAAAGGUCUACCCAAACGGGUACUAGCAACGACUGAAGCAGUGACUAUUCGGUUAGCUGAUCCAGUACUCUGUUGUCAGAGGACGUUGAUUUAGGCGAUCUGUUUUCUCUGGCCGACUCCAGGUGGUGAUCGUACGCCGCCCCAACGUCCUGAGAACAGUCGAAUGCACCCUCGUGCUUGACAAACAGACAGGCCUCACACCGUACCUGGAACCCCUCCCUUCAUCCCUCCCUCCCUCCCCCUCCCCCCAGCCCCUACGUUCUUAACACGCUGACGCCGUCAUUCAGACGGUGUGAGUAUGACGAGUGUGGCUAACCCUUACCCCAGAGACACAUAAACCCUGUCCAUAGCUGAUAAUUUCAUUCUCCAUGUAACAGUAGUGGCCAAAUGGUAAAUUAACGAAAAUAUGUAUUUACCAAUUGACUUUCUUAUCAUAUUUCUUUAGAAAUCGAAUAAAGAGAUCGAGAUUGGAUAACCGUGAUUCAGGGGGCACUGUGCCCUGUCCACUAAUGAGUCUGGCCUCACCCCUUCGAACUUCUUCCAGGACCUUGAGGUUCCUUGCGGUCUAAGGUUUUUACGCUUGAAUAACGAACUCCAAUUGUGGCCUCACAAACGUUUGAAAGGCCUCAGCGAAGCAGUCUCCAUCGAAGGUAGAGAAAGCCCGCUUGACAGGGUACAGUGCUGACAUUGUGGAGUUUGCUACGUUUGAAUAGUGUAGCGGCGGUUUAAGUGACAUCGUGAUCCACACAUCCACGUCUUUAUAGGCGUCUUCCUCAUGCCACGGCAUGUCAUUGAGGUGAUAAGACCUGCAGUUUGGCGAUCUGACCCCGCUGAAUCGCAGAAUGUUGCACUUGGUUAUGUUGAGCUGCGUAAGACAGUCCUGAGAUCAUUUAUCGAGUCGGUUCGGGUCGGCCUGCCAACCCUCGUCGUCUAGAUCACACCCGUGUUGAGGGAAGGGUAUCUCGAGUGUUGGAAAUCCUGAAUUAGGUCUGAACACUGGUCAGACAGAUCAAAUAUGUCAACCAGAUUUGAAAUAUUUCGAGGAAGCCAAUGAAAAAAGUACAUAAAAGCAGAUCAGACUAGAGAAGAGCAGAGUUCACGGAAUGAAAACUUCGUAAACUCUAGUAUGUGAACGACAGAAACUCAGUAAAACUUGACACAAGACCUCCCUCUCCCGGGCACCAGUUCGCUGUCCGAGCCAAUUAGCCAUCGGAUGUGUGAAACCCGAACGUUUUGUGUGUAAGUCCGAGCAAUGUGUAGCACUGAAAGACGAGUUAAUCGGCCGUCUACCACUUGCGACUGGUCUGCGCAUCAGAUGACUAACCGACUCGGAGAGUGGAGUGGUGCCAGGGAGAGGAAAGAGAACAUGACGCCCACCCUGUGGACGAAUUCCUCACGGAACACAGCGCAUAUUCCUCACUACGAUAUAAAUGACGCUCAUGUGUCUAUUACAGUACACCAAAAGUCGUCGCUUGUUAACAAUCGAGAUAACUUGGGUCUCCUCUCAAAACCAAGAGUCAGGCUGCAUCGGCUGCUUCUGAAUGUGGCCUCUAUUGCAGUCCCGUUCAGUUAGGAUUCAGUGAAAACCCGUCACAUCGUGCGCGAACCAGGUAUGAGUGGUACGCGUGGGCGAGUUGUUUAUCUCUGUGAGCCAUUGCGUCUGAUUCCGCCUACGGUCUUCUUGAGUCUAUCUUGGUGAAGAAAGAGAGAAAGAGUGUGUGCAGUGGAUGUAUCAAAAGUCUCCUAAUACGAUAAACUCAUUCAUGCGAAUCGACCUCCCUGCUUUCACCCUGUUGUAGGGCGUACGGCUUGCGACGUUUUAUCUGUCAGUGGAUGCGAGGGAUUAUGCAUCCCAACCUAAGACUCCGCUUGCGCAUGUGCCUAAACAAUAAGUUUGGAAAUUUUACAUGUCUAUCGUAAGUGAAAUUACAUCUGAUCUAUCUGCAUGCUUUGUCCUACCUUCUUUACUUUGCCCUUGUUCGUCUGAAAUUGUUUUGUUCGUUUGACCAUGAGACGGAAGGUCACCCCCUUUGUUGAUAGAAGCGAGCAGACGAGUCCCAGGUAGCAGUUCAGAAGAUGAAGAUGCGAUCACUGGAACAAGAAGUUUAUUUGCCUGACGUUUCGGAUUCUCACUCGAAUCCAUCAUCAGAGACAUUCGCAGAUAGAGGUGAAGGUGGCACCAGGAGUGCAGUAUUUAUAGCACGUGGCUGCCGUGGGACCGUAUGCGCACUGCAAUUAACAGUUCUCGCAAUCGCCGCUGGGGUCGUAAUUGAUGCGGCGGUGGCUUGACGGUCCGAGUCCGAGUCGUUAAUGGCCGCGAUUUCGUCAUCCGUGCCGGAUGCUGGUGUGACGAUUGCUCGGCAAACUGGCUCACUGUUACCGUGAUAAUUGCUCACCCGCGCCCUCCUCACGUGACUGAUUCUCCUGCCCAGGCAAAAUCGCAAUACGAAAUAGGGUACCGGGAGGUCAUUGUGUUUGUUGAUGGAUUGCGGGCCUGAGAACCAUGACUCGAGCAGCUCGCGGCUCACGCGGUUGUCACCCCUUGCGAGGAUUUCGGCCUCUUGAAAUUUGAAAAUAUGGCUGGGUCCCGUCGAGUGUGCCGCCACCUGAGAGUUAGCGCCUCUCCGCCUCACUGCUGCUGCGUGCUCGGCAAGUCGCAUACGGAGUAAUCUCCCAGUUUCUCCGACAUAAUUGCUUUGUCCGCAACUACACCAGAUCCGUUAAACGACUCCAGACGUUUCCUGCCGUGGCAGCGGGUCUUUUGGCCUCAUGACUUGGCGCCUAAUGGUUGCUUCCGGCCUAUGUGCAACCCCAACUUCAAGUGGAGUGCGAAGACGACUGACGGCUUCCGAGACGUUCUUCACGUACGGAAGAGCCCGCCAAAAUUUGGGGCUAGUUGGAUUUGGUCUCUGGUGUCCUUUUUGUAUGCACUGGUUGACAAAGUUGCGCGGGUAGCCAUUAGCUCUCAUUGCCCGUCUAAGAUAUUGUAGUUCAGCAACCUUGUCUUCUUUUUCACUGCAGUGCGUCUCAACGCGCCGGUAUAGCGCCCUUACGCAACUGCGUUUGUGACUGAUCGGGUGGUUGCUAUUGAAGUUCAGUAUUUGCGUCGUAUUUGUCGCUUUCCUGAACACUUUGGUUUUUAGGCCACCACAAUCUUUGCGGCAGACGAGGACAUCCAGGAAGGCCAGCUGAUUGUUUUCCUCCUCCUCCUCCAUCGUAAAUUGAAUGUCCGGGAAGACGGCGUUGAGUUGUUCUUUGAAAGUCAGCACCUGAUCCCGUUCGAUGACGACGAAGGUUUCAUCCACAUACCGAGCCGAGAAUUUCGGUCUGUGGUGUCGGAAAACCAGCGACUUCAGCCGUUGAAGGACCGCCUCGGCUAUGAGUCCCGGCUCGGCUAUGACAACCGCGUGAGCCGCGAGCUGCUCGAGUCAUGGUUCUCAGGCCCGCAAUCCAUCAACAAACACAAUGACCUCCCGGUACCCUAUUUCGUAUUGCGAUUUUGCCUGGGCAGGAGAAUCAGUCACGUGAGGAGGGCGCGGGUGAGCAAUUAUCACGGUAACAGUGAGCCAGUUUGCCGAGCAAUCGUCACACCAGCAUCCGGCACGGAUGACGAAAUCGCGGCCAUUAACGACUCGGACUCGGACCGUCAAGCCACCGCCGCAUCAAUUACGACCCCAGCGGCGAUUGCGAGAACUGUUAAUUGCAGUGCGCAUACGGUCCCACGGCAGCCACGUGCUAUAAAUACUGCACUCCUGGUGCCACCUUCACCUCUAUCUGCGAAUGUCUCUGAUGAUGGAUUCGAGUGA